AUGGUGUCAACUAUAGCUACCGUUACGCUCGUCGUACUGCUAUCUAGUGUCCUAUUAAUGCUAAGCGAACGAGUUAAUCUCCCUCCACUCAAUGAGUUAACUCAAGAAUGGGCGGAUAGCAAUGGAUACGAUCUAGCAGAUCUAUCAUCCCCUGUGCUUUACGGGAAGCCACUUGAAGUCUUGGCUUACAUCUCUCGUCUUCCUGUAUUUGGUCGUAUCUUAUUCAAUCAUUUAGCCAAAGAAAAUAAGGUUCUAGAGGUUCGAAAAUUAGCCGCAUCUCUUCCCGAUUUACCAUUAUAUUAUCCGUAUCAAGAGCCCAUGAUUCUAAAUGACAAGAAAGCAGAAAAAAAGCAGUUUUUACUUGAUGCACUUAGUAUGAAGAGUAUACAAGAUACGAACCAAGAUGUUUCAUUUAAACACUGGACCAUUGGAGAUUAUACAUCACGGUAUACUUCAGGUGAAGUAACACCUAUUCAAGUGAUUCAAGCUCUAUUACUUGCAGUGGAACAAAAUCUACAGAGUAAUUUUUCACUUUCUUUAUUUGUGGAGAAACACAAUGGUGAGAUUUUAGCACAAGCAAAAGCUUCAGCUGAUCGCUAUGCACGUGGUGAACCUCUGGGGGUUUUAGAUGGCGUUCCUGUAGCUAUUAAGGAUGAGAUUCGUGUCAAAGGUCAUCGUAUGUUUCUUGGCACAUCAUUUUUAGGAUAUGAAGAGGACCCAGCGAUGGUUGAUGAUCUACCCGUAGCAAGACUUCGUGCAGCUGGAGCUAUUAUUCUUGGAACUACCAAUAUGCAAGAGUUUGGAUUAGGUGUCACAGGUUAUAACAUGCACUAUGGUACUGUACGUAAUCCGUACAAUCCAAACUGCUAUACUGGCGGAUCUUCGAGUGGUUCUGCUGCAGCAGUAGCUUCUGGUCUAGUGCCAUUGGCACUAGGUGUUGAUGGAGGUGGCUCCAUUCGAAUUCCCUCUUCGUUCUGUGGUGUCGUUGGUAUUAAGCCCACUUUCCAGCGUAUACCUUCCGCGGCAGCAGGUUGCCCGUCACUUGCGCACGUCGGUCUAAUUGCAGGGUCCGUUCGUGAUGCUGCCAUUGGCUACGCUAUCAUGAGCGGUGGAGAUGCGACUACAUUCCCUCGGGGCAUGACGCAGCCUCCUGUGGACUUGCAUUCUUUCGAGAAAACGGUUUCGCUCAAGGGCGUUCGGAUCGGCUACUUCAGCGAUUACACGAACCACUCAUCACCAAAGAUUGCGGUGGCUGUGACUAAGACUCUUAAAGCACUUGAAGCUCGUGGAGCUACGUUGAUAGAGACGCCACUGCACUAUUUGACAUCCAUUCACGUUGCACACAGCAUCACCAUUGUGUCCGAGAUUGCCCAAAAUGUGGACAAGUACUACGAGCGCUUUGACGAGAUGUCUCCGGAAGCGCGAGUCCUCCUGGGUUUUGACAACGUGCUGAGCAAAGUGGACGCGUUUGCGACGCCAUCGACUGGUAUUACUGCUCCUGAGAUCCCAGCACAGGCAUUUGCAGUUGGUGAAUUUAAUGCGCAGCAGAUUGGAGAGAUCUUCCGCUUCAGUCUUUAUGGUAAUCUAAUUGGUGUGCCAGGGAUAGCUGUUCCAAUCGGUUACGACUCUCGUGGGUUGCCCAUUUCCAUCCAGUUUCAGACGGGUCAUUGGCAGGAAGAUACUAUGCUGCGUCUUGCUCACACCACUGAAGAACUGUACGCCACGAUUCAGAAGAAGCCGCAAGUUUACUUUUCCAUCCUCGACGAGGCGGCGAAGCAGUCUGUUGACUAA